AUGAGCUUGUUCUUGAAGGUCAUUCAUGAUGAAAUAACUGUUGUAGAAGAUGUUAGCAAUUGUUCAGACAUUUUGAAGCGUAUAGAUGAUAUAAGAAAGAAGUUAGAUAGACCGCAAAGCGGUGAGGGCGAAGCCCGUGAGAACGCUUAUGUUUCAUUGACUUUCUCCAGUAACGAGAACUUUUAUGAGAUAAUAUUGAAGAGAGAUGAUUUUAAUAUGGUGUAA